AUGUCGGCCUCGAACGACGUGCCGACGCUCAAGAUCCUUCUCAUUGGCGCCUCCUCCGUGGGCAAAUCAUCCCUCCUCCUUCGUUUCACGGACGAUGAGUUCCUCGCAUCUGAAGAGACCACUGCGACCAUCGGAGUUGACUACCGGAUCAAAGGCAUAGAAGUCGGCCGUAAGCGUUUCAAGCUUUCGAUCUGGGACACAGCAGGUCAGGAACGCUUCCGCACCCUCACCUCGUCUUACUACCGCGGCGCGCAGGGCGUCAUCAUCGCCUACGACGUGACGCAGCGGGACACCUUCGAUGCUCUGCCGACGUGGUUCAACGAGCUCGAGACGUUCACCACCAGCGAUGACGUCGUGAAAGUUGUGGUGGGCAACAAGGUGGACAAGGAGCUAUCGCGAGUGGUGACGACCAAGGAAGGGGAGGAGUUCGCGGAAAAGAUGGGGUGUCUGUUCGUCGAGUGCAGCGCUAAGAAGGGUGUUGGGGUGAAUGGAGCUUUCGACGAACUGGUGAAUCGGAUCGUCUCGACACCGAGUCUGUGGCAGAAGACAGCGCCGGGUGAGAGGAGACCAGGGGAUAGGAUGCCCGGUGGCGUACCGGCUGCUCACGCUGCGGACAGCAGUAGGGGGAACAUCUCAUUGACGGACAGAGAAGGCGUUGUCGGGUAUGGGCUGGGCGUUGCAAGAGAUAACUGCAAUUGCUGA